AUGUUGUCGAAGAAAUUGAUUGGGGCAUGGGCAUUCUUUAACAUAUGUCUUAUGGCCGCUGGUGUCCUCUCGCUCACAUUGUCCAUUGUAUGGCGCCAGCCCAACCUUUUGCUGAACUUGACGUUUAGUAGUAUGGAUUUGACGGCUGGCAGCGUGCUUGGUAUCAUUCUCCUUGCCACCUUUCUUCUGUCCCUGGUUGUUAUUAUACAACGCGGCACCCUCGGCUUGAAGAUUCUUAACUGGAUACUCCUUGUAAACAUCCUCAUCAUCCUAUUCAUGGGCACAUAUAUCUGGAUUUUCACACUGCAUGAACGGAAUAAUUACCAUGCUGUAUUUGGGCAACAGAGCAACGAGACCAAGAUUUUGAUUCAAGAUAUGCUGAAGUGCUGUGGUUACUUCAACGCCGCUGAUGAGGUUGCAUUUGGAGGUGCUACCUGCCCAACUCAGGCCGCUGCAACUGCUUUGAACAAUUUCUGUGUCACGCCCAUCACCAAGUUCACGGAUUCGACACUGAACAACGUUUUCAGCACUAUUGAUGGUUUCAUGGCAAUUGUGAUCGGUCUUUUCCUCGCAAACAUGUGCGUUAUCAAGAAGAGGCAAGAGUUUGAGCGCUUUGAAAAGAUUGACGCGAAGCGUGGCGGGCACAAUUUUAUUUAA